UUUAUUUAUUUAGAGAAGUUUGUUGCUAGCAGCUGAUAAUGCAAUCGUGAAGAGCGAUGAUUAUGGAGGGAAGGAUGAGGGGCUGGAACAGGAGGAGGUACUUUUUCCAUAUCAGGUUGAUGGUGAGAAAGAGUAUAUUGAUGAUGAACACGACCUGGUGUUCCCUCUGAGUAAGACAACUGUAGAUGGGAAUACUACAAAGCCUUUUAGAUGUAUCUGUUGUUUAAAGACUUUGGCUAAUUUUGAAGUCAGGAGAAAAACAGUCAGGUGAGUUAUGAGUUUGAUUGGUUUAGAUUCAUCCUCUUAUUUUCAAUAUUGAUUUGUCUUUUGGUGCUUCUUAUUCUGUCCUUGAAUGAUAAAAGCAAGAAGUUGUCGUUUAGAGUUGGAUAUUUUGCAAAUAAGUUAUCAACAGAGACGUUUGAUGCUUCUGCUGUUAGCUCUAUGAGAAUAAACACAAAGAAUUGAAUCACAUAUAUCUUGGAAAAUUCAAAUUUGAAUAAAAUUCAAAUUGACACUAGUACUGAAAGAGAUGCAAGUAUUUCAAAUAUACUGACAGGAUCAGAGUUAUCUAUCAAAGCUCAUGCAGGCUCAUCAACAGUUCAAUGAUCCCUUGAAGUAAAGAUUCCUGGAGGCCAAUCUUUGACAGAAUUAUACUUGAAGUUUCCUGGUGAGACUAGGCAAAAUCAUAUCUUAUAUGAUUACAAGGAUAAUAGUUCAUGGAGUUCACCUCUCAUUAUCACUAAUUUUAGCAUUGAUGUCGAUGCAGCAAAUCCUAAUAUAUUUUUGAGAAAUGAACAUGAAGUAGCCUACAUGAGAAUUACAGGAGCUUACUGUGUCUGAGACUUCCAGAAAUUGAAGAUUAAAGCUAUGAAUUUUGAAAUUAUGUUUGGGAGUUUAAAUAUUGUUCAAAAUAAAUUUUAUGCUGAAAACAAGAUUACAGUUAAAACUCCACAUGGAACUCACUGUGUUGCUGGUCAUAUUGUAAAUAAUGUUGAUACAUCUUGUCCUGAUCAAGCAACCAGAGAUGCUGGGAUCUCAAGUACCUUCAUUGAUACAUCCUCUUAUUGCCAUUCUGAGCUUUAUGUCUGUUCUAACUCUUCAUCUUCUUGUCCUAUAUCAGGCACUACAGCAUCUUCAAAUCAAGGAGACUUCAAGCUUACUUUAAAUGAUGGUCCUGUACAAUUUAUCAUAGAUGCCUCAUCAGCCAAAUCCACUUCAACUUAUUUGCCAAAAUUUGAUACUUUUGCUGUAACCUCUCAGAAUCAACUCCGUGAAAAUAAAGAAAGCUUUAGUGGAGAUCAGAAAGAUCCGAGAAUGUACAUCUACGAGCUAUCAAGUCCUUCUUUCUCUCAAACUUGGAUCCAUUUAUUCCUCAAGCAGUAUUUACAAGCUAGAGUGUGGCUCAUAUCAAUUCUUUCGCUGAAUUUUUUGACUCCAAGUACUUACAGAUAUACACUGAUCCAUAUUCCUAAUGCGACUUGUCCUAGUGCUGCUUCUGGGUCUUUAAUCUCAAGUACAUAUAUAUCGAAGAAGUUGAAGGAGCUCAGUUUUAUAGAAGCCAAACAUGUGAUCGCUCAGCUGACUCAGGAUGGGUAUUAUUCUUAUGAGCUAACUGAGGAUAAUAGAUUUGAGAAAGAGCCUAUUAGGUUGUGGGAUAAUAGUGUUUUGGUCAUUAUAAGUGUACUUAUGGUUGUAUAUUGGACAGUAGGUAUAAUCUUAGUUUUCUGGUUGGUCGCUCUCUUUGAAACAUCUCUCGAGAAAAGAUACCAUAAGAUUCUUCAGCAAGCUAGGAUAUUUUCACAGUCUAAAAGAAGACACCUUAAAGAUGGUUAUGGAUUCAAGUCAGUUAAUCAAGAAAACAAUAAAGUAAAAGUAACGACUAAGGUUCUUAGAAUCGGCUGCUUUACUAGCGAAGUUGAGGAGAUAGACCAAGUGCUUAAGAAGAGUUAUGAGCAUACUUAUCAGCUAUCAAAAGAGGAUGAGCCAAUAGUCCAACUGUCCUUUUUCAAGACUUUUAGCUUGAUAGUUGAUAGCUACUUUAGAAAACGGAGGAACUCUUUUAAAGACUUUCUCAACCACAUCACUGUUGAUGAGUGAUACUUUAAAGAAAAGAUGGAGAAUAAUCCAGAGGAUAUGACAAUGGUAUCAAUUCGUCUAGACCUCCUGCAUUCCCAUUAUCUUGACUUUUGUACUAAAUAUGGACUGACUGAGAGAAUCAUGUCUGAAGAAGAGACUGUCCUUGCCAAUUUUAAUUUACAAAUCCAAUCUAUAGAGUCUUCAAGCACUUCAGCUUAUACAAAAAUUAGGUGGAAAACCUUCUUCGAAAAAGAAAAGCAAGAGAAAUCUAAAAAUAAAGGAGCUAAUUUCGCCCAGCCCAAUGGCACAAAUACUUACCCGGAGGUUAGCUUAAGUGGUGAGAUCAACGCAAGAAGAAAUUUUGUAGUGCAAAAUUGUACUGCUAGCAGGUAUGAAACCGACUAUAUUCUGCAAGAGGAACUUUUGGAGAGAUUUAAGGAUUAUUGUGAUGAUAAUAAGAUCGAUCCUGUGAAGGCUGGCAAUAUACUUGCUUGUAAAGAGCUAACCCAAUUUGGAGCUGUUUAUAAAGAAGAUUUUAAGAUACCCCAUAUGAUUGGGAUUACAGAAUCUGUGGUCGAUAUGAUCAGUAUAAAUGUUGAGACCAAUCGCAAUGCUCACCAAGUUCAGUACCUUCCUGGUCUGAUCAGAGCUAAGGAAAGCUAUACUUCGCUUUUAGAUAUCCCUAUAAUUGGAGGAGGAACUUAUAGAAUGCUUGAGAUUAAUUCUUCAAGAGCAAGCUUUAGUAGGAACCUUUUUCAAAUACUGUUCUGUUUGGCUUUUAUCUUCGGGUUCCCUCUUUGAUUUCAGUUGAUAGUGAUUUGGGCUCUUCAGCAAGUGGAUAAAGUAAAGAGUGAUAUUUAUGCUCCUACAUUUGGGCUCUCUGAUGUUUUCUCUGCAAGCUCUACUGAUCAUUGGUUCAAUUAUUUAGAAUUUUAUUGGAUCUUUUACGCUUUUCUGUCUCUGGCCCUCUUAUUUAUCCUCUCAGGGUUAGCAGAGUUUAUAUGCUUUAUUGCAACUGAUGGCUCCGACACAGGCAGAUAUUCAGUAAUCAAAACCAUUCCAAGAUGGAUAAUCUCUACAAUAUUUUGGUGAAUGCUUUAUCUAUAUAUUGGGAUGUAUGUUGCCUACUUUGGUGUAGUCCUUCUAUGGUGCAUUCUAGGAGCGAUUCUCAACCCUCAUACAUUUCUCCCGCUUGCCUCUGCAGCUGGAGUAAUUAUCGGAUGAGCAGCAUACUUUGCUACAGUUCUUAGAAAAGCCAAUUCCUCUCUAGACGAAAUUGUAAAUAAAAUUAUUGAAGAGCAACUGCAGAUUGCUAUAAUUAAUAGUUUGAACGGUAAUGAGGUGAUAUCAAAAAUAGUUAAAUCUGUUGAUAAUCUUCCUCAGACAGCCUUUCAUACUGCUUUGAACUCCUUUAUGUAUUUGAAUAAUCUUGAAAAAGUUGAACGAUCAAUUUCUGACAAGAUUUUAGAUGGAGACAUUCAAUCAUUGACCUUGAUGCUUGAAUCUAACUUUAUGAUCCCUGCUGAAGUUUCAAAAGGAAUCAUAGGAAUGCUUAUUGAUGAUCCCCUCUUAAUAAAUAGCUCAAUACAAUCUUACGCCUAUAAAAAAAGAAUCAAAGAUCCCCUCUUAAUAGAUAUUGUAGAUUUUAUAUAUUUCAUUACUACAACCUAUCAUAAAAAUAAAUCAGAAACAUCAAAGAAGGUAUCCCAAAUUAUGAUGAAAAUGGUAGAGAAGAUAUCACCCUCAUUCAACCUUGAAAUCAUCGAUUUCAUUGUACAAAUGGCAUUUGAGCGAAGACUAGACCCUCUGAAGAAGAUCUUAGAAGAGGAAAUAGUCCUUCCAGAGGUCAUUAAUAUUGCUAUAGCCAUUAGGGAUAAUGAUAAAGCUCAAGUUCAAACCAAUCUCACAAAGUUAGCUCAGAGGUUCUUUCCUACUAAGCUGUAUCAUUUAUUCUAUGCACUGAAUAACUUGACUACAAAGAAUAUUUAUGACAACGAUCUAUAUCUUGAAGACAUAUUUUCUGUAUCUCCUUGAAUCUCUGUUGAACUAAUCUUUUGCCUAUUUAAUGAAGAUGAGGAGACUGUUAGGCAUACCAUGUUGGAGGGGAUCCAAAAAUUCUGUGAGAGAAAAGAUCCACCAAUUAAGGGAAAGUUAAUCCAAAGUUUAUAUCUCAGUCUUAGCUCAAUGAUUAACUCAGAUAAGGUUGAUUUACCCUCUCUGAUUAGAAAAUCGCUUAUUCCAAUAGAUGAAAACCAGGUUGAGCUUCUUUACAAGACAACUCAAGGAGAUCAAGAAGCUAUUAGCUACAUUUGCGAUCACCUUAGAAUCAGAAAGGAAUAUAAUAUAAUCUUUGAGAUUGCUACUACUUUAUUUCAUGGCAAACUCAAUUUUAAGGAAAUUUGCAAAAAGCUAGAAGUCCCUCUUGAACCAAUCAAGCAGAUCGAACAAUCAAUAAAAACCCAAAGCCAGCUCUUGGGAAAAUACCAAAAUAUUGAUCAAACGAUUACAUUGAUAAGCAAUGAAUUUAAAGCCAUCAAGGAUUGAUUGGAUAAAAUAGCCUCAACUACCAACAAGCUGACAAAUGAAGACUUUGAUAAGAAGCUUAAUGCCCAUAAACUUAGAGAGCUGGUGCAAUCUUUGAGGAACUUCAUCAAGCUAUAUACAGACAAUAUUUUAGACAAGAUUACUCCUAAUAAAGCUAAGAAAGACGCGAUCCGGUCAUUAGUAAAUAUUCUCAACUUCUUCGGAUUCUGCUAUGAUAGAGAAUUAAUGUACAGAAGUUGAGAUACUGAGACUUAUAGCAACUCUAUUAAUACAUUUGCUUUCUUUGUAGGAAUAGAUUCUGAGAAACUACACUUUAUUGUAGAUUUAUUCACAAAAGAUCCAGCAAGGAUUUUCAGGUUUGAAGAUCCUAAUCCAGAUAUUGAUCCAAGGAUGCUAACAUUUCAGUGUCGCAUUUCUCGAACUAGGCUAAAAAUGAUCUCUGAGGUAUUUGAUAUUUCGUUAGAGAAUGUGAAGAAGAUCGCUGCUCUCUGGACCUAUUCUCAAAAUUUAAUGCAUUUUGAUACCUAUCAAGAAGAUUUUAAUGGAGAUAACCAAAAAUUUAUGAGUAUUUUGACAAAAGAUGUGCUCAGAGUUGAUGAAAAUUUCUUUAAUCUUCUAACUGGUUUGAAAUCACUAUCUGAAAGUGAAGUUGAUCGUUGUCUGGUAAUGUCUCAAUGCAGAGACUUUCUCUCAACACUUAUCAUAAAACUUUCAUCAAUGUUUUCUUCCACAAGCUCUGAAAUUUUUGAUGAGAAUCAAAUUGAUCUUGAGAAUAAUAUAUGGCCUUGGGAAGAAAGUCAUCAGAAUUCCUUCCUCUAUUCUUACAAAAGUUUUUACGUAAAACUGAGUGAUUCCACUAUAGCUGAGCUUAAUCAAUACACUGAUCUCUCAAUAAAGGAAGUCAGUUCUCUCUUUGAGUCGAUGAAUCUGCUCUGAAGGUUACUCUCAGAUCCGAAUUCGUUUUCUCUAAAAGAAAUAUCCAAGCCAAGUUCAAAUGAUCUUUUCCUUCAGAAAUUAAUGACUACCUUCGAUGAAAAGCAUAUUGAUUGAGUCUUGACACUUACAAUGAUUCAUCACUUCAAGGAUGAGUUGUCAAAAUUUGAAAAUAAGCAUACCAAAAAUAUUUUCAUCCCUGCUGCAGUGCUUUUCAACCAGAACAAUUUGAAGGAACUUGCAGUUCAAAAUUCGAUUUUAAGGAGCUUAAUUAAAGGAGUUCCUGAAUUUUUACAGUCCCAAAAAGUACAAGAAAAUCUUAAUUUAUCAGCCGAAGACCUUUACCGUCAUCUAUUUGAAGCAGGUUUCUUCGAUCAGCUAUGUGCUCACUUGUUUACCAAUGACUCCGAGAGAUUAGUUGUCAAUAUAGAUCAAAAAUAAACUCAUCCAACUUUGGAUAGAUCUUAAUUGCGAUUACAGAAACAAAGAUCAGAUCAUCUCUAAUUUCUUGCAACUAGGCAAAACAGGAAAUCACAAUGAGUUGAAAGUACUUUAUUCCAUUGUUAGAAAGGAUUUGGGCUAUGAGAAGUUACUUCAAAAUUUCUUAGAAGAUAUAGAUGUACCUCCUAAGUUAGGUUUGAGUCUCAUAAAAAUUCUUGAGCCUGAUAAUCCAAGUGGAUACUUUAAAGCAGCUUAUAAUUUACUGAAUAAUAGAUGUAUAAGCCCACAUACAAUUGCUGCAUUGUUAUCAUGCUUUAAGAGGGAUUGUACUAGUAUAAAUUUUUUAACAGAUCAACUUGAACUUGAUCCAAAGCUCUCUGCUAUGGUAUUCUCACUUGCUCUGAAGGAUAGCAAAGUUGAUUUUUCAUUACUCUCAAAGUUAUUAAAUACUGAUAAGAUUAAGUUGGUCGAGACUAUCACAAGAAUUGCAUGUGGAGAGACUGAUAUUUUACUCAAGCUUGCACCUAAUAAUCAAACUCUGAAAGAGCCUAGAUACAUAGUGAGCCAUACUACUCAUGAACUUAUUGGCUCCAUCCUCAUUCUACUACAGGAGUAUGCUAAAACCCAAAGAAAUCCUAAAGGAUUAAACCUGAAAGCUGUUCUGAAGAGCUCAUUUAUUAUUUCCGCAAACAUUCUGAACAGUUUAAAGCCCAAAAGUGAUAAUCCCAGAGAUGAAGGAAGUUUUGGUUCAAACCAAAAUAAGCAUCAAGAGGAUGAAAAAUAUGAAGAACAAAAGAGAUUCCGAGGAGAGUUUCAAAACUCUGAUUUAUUUGAAGGUGGAUCUAAAACCUCUUCGAAUAAAAUACAUCCAAGUCCUAGUAGCAGUGCCAAUAACAAUCCUACUGAAGAAAAUAAGGAGAAUGAUAGGCGAGAUGAGGGUUCUGAGGAGUCAGCUCCAGACCCAGAUUUACCAGAAUUUCACCCUUUAAAUCAAUCUGAGCAGCAUUUAAAAGGAACAAAUAGUUUACCAGAAAUAGUUCAAAGAUUGAUCUUGUUUAGUCUUGGAGAUACAUUCGCUACAGAGGAUAUCUUUGAAACCCUCAAGAUCCAUUAUAAGAGACAGAGUAGAUAUAAAACAGACUUUUCAUACACCAUCGAAGAUUGAAAGAAAUUUCCUCAGAUGAUGAGAGACAGAAAACUUAACAAAGUCUGAUUAAUCCACAAGAAGAAGAACUUAACAUUGAAUUCCUUUCUAAAGUACAAAGAUCAGAUCAAUCAACAAACAGUUACUUCAAUUCUUAGAUGAACAAAUAGAGUCAACUCUUACACUAAAAUAAUCAACCAAGAUAUAAUCUAUACCUACUUACUAAAUUUAUGGAGUCAGGAGAAGAACACCUUAUCUUCAGGACAUAUAAUAGACUCUGAAAUCUCAAAAAUUAAUGAAGAAAUUUUAGAAACAAUCAGAGGUCAUAGACUAUCCCCUCUCCACUGCUCAUUCGUAUCCUAUACCAACAGACCAAUAGUAGGGGCUUACUACGAAUGAACUCUUAGCUCAGGCUACAGAGUUGACCUAUGCCUUUUAUGAGCCCAUAAAUGCCAAUUCAGCACUGUUGAAAACAAGACUCCAAAAGAAGGUCCUCAUGUGUGAGCUUGCGGCAAGAAUAAUAACCUGAUCGAAAAGGUGAGAGGAGUUUUGAGUUUAAUUUAUGUAGAUUCAUAGUUGUC